AUGAAAGUGUAUUCAACAUUUAAAGAAGAGAAAUUAUUUUCCAUAAAAAAUGACACGGAGGCUUUCUUCAACCACAUAAAUUCUGAUUUUAUUAAACAGUUUUUAAAUAAUGAAAGACUUGCACAACCUAUUAAGGGCCUAGUUAUAGGACUUUACAGCAUACUUAUCGCUUUGGGUUCUCUUGGAAAUUUGUUCAUAUUGUUCAUAAUAAUAAAAAAACCUAGCAUGAGAAACGCAAGAAAUGUGUUCAUCUUUAAUCUAGCAACAUCAGAUCUCUUGCUUUGUCUUAUUACAAUGCCUUUGACACUUUUGGAGAUUUUGACAAAAUAUUGGCCUUUUGGAUCACACAAUUUCGUUUGUAAAUUAUUAGGAUUCCUCCAAACUAUCAGUAUAUAUGUUUCAACAUUAUCAAUAACAGCUAUUUCAAUGGACAGAUAUCAAAUCAUUAUCCACCCUAUGAGAAAUGGCUUGCAGAUGAAUGACUCAACAAAAAUUAUUAUCAUUAUAUGGGUUUUGUCAGGACUCUUUUCUCUUCCUAUUUAUGUUAAUCGUAAACUCAUCAAUUAUAAUAUCAAUCCAAUCUAUAAAAUACUUAAAGUAAACAAGAUAUGCUAUUGCAUAGAAGAAUGGCCAUUUAACUACGGAAGAGCAUACUACUCAAUUUUUUCUCUAUUUUGGCAAUAUCUACUUCAAGUGCUUAUUAUUUUGUUAGCUUAUUUAAAGAUCUAUUGCAAUCUCAAAAACAGAAGUAAAAAUCAAAAAUAUUUGCGCAGAAAUCGAUAUAAAAGAACAAAUACUUUAUUGUUACUAAUAGCUUUAGUCUUCGGAAUAUCCUGGCUACCCCUCAAUUUUUAUAACUUGUAUAUGGAUAUUUUUAACUUAGAAGAUACUUUUACAGAAGGGCAUGUAAUUUGUUAUGCAAUUUGUCAUAUGCUUGCAAUGAGCUCAGCGUGCUUGAAUCCGGUGAUAUAUGGCCUCUUGAAUGAUAAUUUCCGAAAAGAAUUAAAGAAUUUUACUGCGUUUUUAAUAAUAUGGAAGAAUUGUAAUACUAAGCAAAAAUGUCCAAUUACAAUUAAUGUAAAAUGUAGUUUUGAUAAUAACAAACGUAUUGAUGAUUAUUCAUUGUAUAAUGACAAUAUAUAUCGCAUAAAAGUAAAUAAAAAUGAGCCAAAUAAAAUUAUUUCAAAAGACAACAAUGGUACUUUUGAAGAGGAUAAUUUUACAAUAAGCACUAUAUUAACGAAAUUAAUCGACAAAUCAAUGAAUAUAAGUUACUAUGAGAUUAUUCCUGGUAUAUUUGUUUUGAAAAAUAAUGUAACAACUGAAUCACAUUAUGGUAGGAGUAUAGAUGAAAAAUUAAAUAUAUUUGACCGUUUUAUAAAGUUUGCUGAAAGUCAUGUCAUUAGAGUUCCCUUAUCACUUACUGAGAAUACUGGUAGAUUAUUUUUCUUCAAAGGUAUGAAAAAGCUGAUGUGGCCACUUUUGGUUGGCAUUCAAAUGGUGAAACUUACUCUAUUUGCCAUAUUUCUGCCAAGCAUUAUUGGAUCAGUUGGAAAAAUUGUUAGUAAAGGUUUAACCCAAGUGUCUGGAUUUUCUAAUCAUGCACCUCAACAUAUUGACGAUUUAGAGUUUCGAGAUAAUUAUGAAAAUAUGGAAGCGGUAAAAGAUAAUGAUUAUAUUUAUUCAGGUUCAGACACGGAACCGGCAUCAGCGAAUAGUUUCAUCUCACAAAUGUAUCAACCUCUGGACAAAAUAAAUCAAUUGAAUGUCAACAAAAACAAAUUUUCUACACAUUCUAAUAAUUUUCAGAUGAAAAAAAAUCCCAGUGAAGGCACAAACAAAAAUGUUAAUUAUCAAGUUUUUCAAGAUAUACCUAACUCGUCACUUCUUUUGACGAAUUAUGAUCCAUUUUAUAGUCCUUUGCUCUCAAGACUAGAUGCUGUUUUUCAGCAAUUAAAACUACCUACUGACAAUGAAUCUUGUAGACAAAAGUUAAUCUGUUUGAUGUAUACAAAUCCUUCAAAGUAUGCUCCUUAUAGCAAUUUAGUUUCAGCGCAGUUAAGCAGAGAACUUAACGAAUUAAAAAAACCAACAUCUGACAAUCCUGAUAUCUUACGUUUCUUCAAAUACAUGAAAGCCGCAAAAGAUGGUCAAGAUAAAAGUGAUUGUGAAAUGCUCCAUAGAUGUUCUUCUGUGCAAUCUUCAUCAAACCCAACUAUGAUAAAUACAUUUAAUGACAUCAAUAAACUUGUGGAAGCCAGGAAUAUUUCAUAGAAAUACAUACACAAAAACUCAUUGUGAUGGUAGAAUUGUUGUUUUAGCCAUAAUCAAAUUGUUUAUUUAAAUUAUACUAAAUGGAAAAUUGUGUAGUGCAUAGUAAUUUAUUUAUAUGCUUAAUUCUUAUACUAAUUUGAUCAAUUUGCAUCAAUAUAGACUGUUAUUAUA